AAGAAGGGGAAUUUCUGCUUUGUCUUCAGUAUUGUGCAAAUUUUUAUGAAAAUGGUCUUUAAAAUGAGCAUUAGCAGGAAAUGUGCCUGGCAGAUUCCUGGGGAUGGAUAAGAUGAAGCUGUAGAAGACAUGCUUAAAUUUCAUCUGUGAAAAAGGCCUCUCUUUGCUAGGGUACCAUCUGUGCAACUACACCCUGACCAAAAGUGUGUUUAAAAUGGUUGCCUACCAAAAGUCCUAUGAGAAGAACACAUCCUGUGGAGGGUGGAUCCCGUGGAUGGUGUGUCCCCAGACACAGCACAGAACAGAGUUUCACAGCGUUGAAGUCCCUGAAACCAUCACUCUCACAGACUGCUGUGAAGGAUAUGAGCAAGUUGGGCUCUACUGCUCUCUAGCACUCAAUAGAUCCACUGUAUUUGCCUCAAGACCUGGUAUUUGUCCAGUGAAGGAUAUGGAAACAUUUGAUUAUCCUUGCACGUUCGAUACUGAAUGUCCAGGGCUGAAAAAAUGCUGCAGCUCAUCCAAAGGAGCAGGCUGUGUGGAUCCCAUGCCAGAGGGGAGGAUGUUCUGGUACAACGUGACAGUGCUUGUGAAAAUGGAUUUCAGCGAAUUGAUCCGGGUGGAUUCCCACCUUCUGAAUCAUUCCCGCCUCUUGCACUCCGUGGUCACUGGUGCACUGCAGCCCCUGAAUGCCUCUGUGCACCACAUCCGCAGUGACCGUGGGGACAUCUACGCUGGGACAGUGGCCUCCCAGCUUCUCCUGGGCAUGCACCAUCCAGCUCGUCUGGCAGAGGUGUCCUCCUCCCUGAAGGCCAUGGUGAAGCGCGUGUAUGAAGUGAUUGACGCACAAGUGCAAGAUGUCAAUGAGUGCUCCUAUGCUGAAUUCAAUGCUUGCCCUGAGAAAAGCAGCUGUGUGAACCGGGAGGGUUAUUACAGCUGCCACCCCCAGCAUGAACAUGCCGCUGUCAGCCCUCACUGGCUGAGCCCAAGGAAGGAAGGCAUUGUAGCAUCUACUCCAAGUUCAGUAAAUGCUGUUAACACUGGCAGUAGCUCUCCUUCUCUAAGGAAAUCAAGUCUCUUGUCCAUAACCAACCAAUCUACAGAUGCUGAGUGCUAUCCCUGUGCAGUUACAAACCAUCGAAUCCUCAGCGUUACCAGCAGCAGCUUUGAAAUGUCCUGGCUUGUCAGCUCCACUCUGAACCACACUUUCCAAGUCCGGGUGGCCAAGGGCAAUCAAACUGUGCAAAACCUGAAGACAGAGGAAAUGCAGAUGGAUGUGUCUCACCUGGAGGCAGGUGUGAUGUAUUCAGUAGAGAUCAGCUAUGAAACUUGUGGAAAAACCAUUACCUCCCACCAAAAUGUUAAAACAGAGGCCAAGAUAUUUGAUGUUACUAUGAGGAUUCUCAACUACAACUUCACUGAUGAUUUCCACAAUUCCAGCAGCUCAGCAUAUGAGGAAUUUUCAAGGCUGUUGCUUACAGAGCUUGAAAAUUCAUUCCCACCCAACGUUUCUGCCUUGUACAAAUCUGGGAAGCUGAAAGUGCAGAUUGAAUCCCUGGCAGCAGGAAGCAUCAUUGUGAGGCUCAGAAUCACCGUGCAGGAUCCCGAGUUCCCAGUGGAUGCCUCCACAUUUGCCCCGGUGCUUUCCUACCUGCACAAUGCUUCUGUGCUUGUGGUGGAUCAGCAAAACACUGCAGUAGAAGACUGGGAUGAAUGUGCUUCCCAAGCUGAGAAUGACUGCUCUGUGUUUGCAGAGUGUAUCAAUUUGAUGGGCUACUACAUGUGCAGGUGCAAGACAACCAUGGAUGCCAAUCCAUCCCGACCUGGAAGAAACUGUGAGGGUGAGAUUGUGGAUCCUCUCACUGACACCGUGGCUCCUGAAAUAACAACCAGCACGGACUUGGCUCCUGAAGAAGGCAGAAGCCCUGCAGGCCCUGCUCCCACUGCCACCACGGGGACAGCGGCCGCUGCAGGCCCCGCGUCAAGCGUCGCCACACUCCUCCCUGCUGCGCUGGUCCUGGGUGACAAACGAGUGUCCCACAGUCCCACCAGUGCUCCUCCAACCCCUUGGCAAAAAGAUCUGAAAGAUCUGGCCCCACAGAUGGCUUUCAGCAGGGCCAGCAGCCCUGUGGCCAUGGGGGUCACCCCCAGCAGGGCAUUGACCAUGGGGACAGCGGCUGCUGCAGGCCUCACGUCAAGUGCCACCACGCUCCUCCCUGUUGCGCUGGACCUGGGUGACAAACGAGUGUCCCACAGUCCCACCAGUGCUCCUCCAACCCCUUGGCAAAAAGAUCUGGCCCCACAGAUGGCUUUCAGCAGGGCCAGCAGCCCUGUGGCCAUGGGGACAGCGGCUGCUGCAGGCCCCACGUCAAGCGCCGCCACGCUCCUCCCUGCUGCGCUGGCCCUGGGUGACAAACGAGCCUCCCACAGUGCCACCAGUGCUCCUCCAACCCCUUGGCAAAAAGAUCUGGCCCCACAGAUGGCUUUCAGCAGGGCCAGCAGCCCUGUGGCCAUGGGGACAGCGGCUGCUGCAGGCCUCACGUCAAGCGCCGCCACGCUCCUCCCUGCUGCGCUGGCCCUGGGUGACAAACGAGCCUCCCACAGUGCCACCAGUGCUCCUCCAACCCCUUGGCAAAAAGAUCUGGCCCCACAGAUGGCUUUCAGCAGGGCCAGCAGCCCCGUGGCCAUGGGGACAGCGGCUGCUGCAGGCCCCACGUCAAGCACCUCCACACUCCUCCCUGCUACGCUGGCCCUGGGUGACAAACGAGCCUCCCACAGUGCCACCAGUGCUCCUCCAACCCCUUGGCAAAAAGAUCUGGCCCCACAGAUGGCUUUCAGCAGGGCCAGCAGCCCCAUGGCCAUGGGGGUCACCCCUACCACAGCACUGGCCGUGGGCACAGAGGCCAGGAGCCCAGCGCAGCAAAGCUCCGUGGCCAGGGCUGCUCUCCCAAGCACAGCCGUGGGCACUGCCAGGCACGAGCAGCUCGGUUCACUUGGGCUCCUUCCAGCUCAAGCAGCCUCAGCUGCCACCAGCACUCAUGCAGUGCCCCAAGGCAGCUCUCCAGGUGGCCCCGACACAGCUCUGCUGGCCACCAGGAACACUGGCAUUGCCACCCCCAGAGCGGAUGGAGAGGUGGGAAGGGAGAACAGCUCUUGGUCUGAGGGACACUCUGGAGCCUUGGGGACACCAGCUUGGCCAGGCACCUCUCCAACCCCCAGCUUGGACCGCACCUUCCAGAAACUCAGUGGCACAGUUCGAAUAACAAACAUGGAAUACUCUCCAGGCUUUAGCAAUAACAGCAGUGAGGAAAAUCAAACCUUUACACAGCUCUUUGUUGAUGAAGUGCAGAAAUCUCUGCCCCUUGAGGUGCUGCAGCAGAUGGAUGCUGGUCUGAUUAAAGUGCUGGUAACGGGGGUUACUAAUGGGAGCACAGUGGUAAGUUUCAAUUUGCUGCUUGCAGAAGAAGUGGACGUCCACCAUGUCAUCACCACUUUUUGUGAGGCCUUGGAACACAGCUCCUACUUCACCAUGGACAGGAGCAGCCUCUCCAUACACGCACUUCCCUUCAGCCAGGAGGCAACAGUGACGGAUAAGAAACCUGUGAACAGCACAAUUUCACCUGUGACAUCUCUGCAAACUUCAGCUCGUGUCUCCUCCCCUGCUUCACUGGACUCCUCUCCCACUGAGCACAAAGCUCUGGAGGACACCAUGUUCUCCAGCACAGCGCUGAGUCCUCUCACCAUGGAUCCCAUGGCAACUCCUGAUGCCUCUCCUCGAGCAUCUCCAGUCCCCCUGGUCAAACCCGCCCAAGAGGUUUCCAUUAAAGACGCCGUGAGCGUGUUUUGUGAGAUUGAGAGGAUUGUCCUGGCCAUCCAGAAGAGAUUCUUGCAGCAGGAGUCUAUCCCAGAGAGUUCCCUGUUCCUGGGGGAGCCCGGCUGCAACGUGAGCACCAGCAAUGGCACCCACGUUGUGCUGCAGGCGGGCUGGAGCGACUGUGGCACCCAAGUGGAGACCAACAUGACUACUACUGUGGUGAGAACCACCCUUCGGAAUGAUGGUUCUGCUCAGGGAGUAAUCCACCACUUGAACGUUGCCAGUCCCAUCCACUGCGUGUUUCAAAACGACGUCUUGACUUCCUCUGGGUACACUGCAGAAGGACUUUAUACCAUCUUCGAGGAUUUGCAUGGAUCUGGAUACUUCAGAACAGAAAUGCAGUUGUUCAUUGGAAACUCCCCAGUGCCCAAAAAUUUCAGCGUCUCUGCCAGCGAGGAUGUGCUGAUCCAAGUGGGGAUGCAGAGGGCAGACAGCCAGCUCAAGGUGGUUCUCACUGACUGCUGGGCCACUCCAACCAAUAAUUCAAUGGAUCCCCUGUCAUUUGUUUUUAUCAGCAACAGCUGCCCCAUCCCAAAUACUUACACCACGCUGCUGGAAAAUGGGAAUUCAAGCAAAGCUCAGUUUAAGAUGAAAAUUUUUUCCUUUGUCAACAACUCUGUGGUUUACUUGCACUGCAGAAUUCGUAUUUGUAUGGAGUCACCAGGAAGCACCUGCAGGACUAGGUGCCAUGCAAGGGCUCGACUCCUGAAGGCUGGAGAAACCAUCGCCCUGCACAGAACAUCCUGGGGACCCCUGUGUAAAUCAGCGGCAUCUGAUUCCAAGAGAGAGAAGAAGGCUGGAAUGGGAAUUGGACACAUCAUCCUCAUAGCCCUUGCUGUGUUUGGUUUUGUGCUGGGAGUUGUGACCCUUCUCAUUUUCCAGUACCAGCGAAAGACAGGAAGAUACAACCUCAGGAUCAAAUCUGACAACUUCAGCUACCAAGUGUUCUAUGAUUAGUGACUCACAGGUUGCCACAUUGGGAUCAUAUGUCAUCACAUGGACAGCUGAAGUUUGUCUUCACUCAGCAUUUGGCUUUCCUUGCUCUACACAUCACUGACUCUUUCAAAUUAAUGUCAUAUAUAAAAAGCUUCUGUAGCCCCUUUCUCCCCUCCACCUCUUUUUUUCUUAGCAAUCUGGUUCUUCCCUAGUACCCUAAGAACUCUUUGUGACAACAGCUCCAGGUUGAAGUGAAUUUUGGCAGUUUUUGCACUCAUAAAAUAGAAGGGAAGGAAACAAACACAUCUGGCUGUCUCUUUGAGUUUCAAGAUCUGGUUUUCUCACUGUGACAUAUCACUGUGUGCUCAUCUUAGCAUCACUUGUGCCAUUAAUAUUGACAAGCUGCAUGUUUCCAUUAAUAUUCAAGGAAGUAAAUCAGCAAACCCUCAGCGACAUCUCUUUUUCAGUUCGUAAUUUGCUGUUUACUCAGGGUGAGGUUGAAACUUUGAGCAGCAACAGCAUUGAAGAGCUAAUUGUGCAACGCCUUAAGUAUACAGAAGCUGGGGAACCAGCAUUGGACUUGCCACCAAGUGAGGAAAAGCCACUUUGGAUCUGGGGUUUAACCUACUCAGGGUGUUCGUCAGCAUGAGUUUUUGAAUUUGAUUCAUUCUGUAAUUGACAAGGUUUCAGUGGAAAAGAUAGAGAGAAAAAAAAAAAAAGAAACUAUUUUUGCUGCUGGCAGCCCAUGUUUUUCCAGAUAAAUCAAUUGGUCCCUGUGUAUUCAGCUCAAUUAGACCCUAACGAUUGUGCAGUCAAGCCACACAGGGCUGCCCACCUCAGAGAGAGCUCUCCAAUUGCAAAUGAAGAGUUCUAAAUUUGACCUGAAUUUUGCCUGGCUGCACGACCACCGGUGCAGCAGCGCAGGCUCACCCAGUCCAUUGGGUACAACAACAGUCUGGUCAGCUGGAUAAACUGGAGCAAAAAUCUCUUGAUGCAGUCAGCAUCCCCUGCAGGGCUCUUUCCUGGGCUGCUCUUCUCUGCUGCCCCAAAUCUCCUCCUCAGUGAGUGUGUUGGAAGAUGGGAGGUGAAGAGGUGUCAAUAACUUGUCCCACCAGCCCUUGGUUCUGUUUGCUGCAGUCACUCCUCCUACACGGUGAUAAUCUGCUGUGCCUGGGUCACAGCUAACUUCGUAACUUAUAAAUAAAUCCCUCCUUAAGCUCAGUGGACACCAUUAUAAACAACUCUUAGUGGAAAAUGGUCCUUAGCUUGAAGUCAUGAAUGUUUCUAGUGGUCAUAGCACUGAGGUGCUGAUUUUUGGGGGCAGAAUGGCAUAGGAAAGUGGCUUUUCUAUCCCUGUCCAAUAUCCAUUAAGUAGUAAGAUUACUGGGUAAAAUACUUCCACCUCUUGCAAAAGGUUGUACUGAUUGAUUUUCGAGCUUUUAUACACGCCUUUUAAACAUAUCAAGGAAUUUCAGAGUGAUCAUUUGCAUUCUGCUUUAGAUUCAAGUGACUCUAUGAGGAGUAAGACACUUUGACUUGUCUUUUCCUUAUGGAAAUAAGAGUUACCAGAUCCUGAUCUAAAAAAAAAAAAUCCAUUUAGUUUUAAGUGGUGAAACUAUAAAUUAUCUUUGCUGUCUUAGUCUGAUGAACAUGGUUUGGGUUGGAAGGGACCUUAAAGACCAUCCAGCUCCAAGUCCCUGCAGGGACAUGGGCAGGGACACCUUCCACUAUCCCAGGCUGCUCAGCCUGGCCUUGGACACUUCCAGGGAUGGGGAGUCCACAAUUUAUUUGGACAACAACAUAACCAUUAGUUCUUGUUAUGUAGGAGUCUCUUAACUUUUGCUCAAUUUGCUGUCAAAUGUGAAAUGUGUUUGCCUUCUGCACUCAGUGACAGGCUCAGCUAUUUUACUAUAAAUAUUUUUCUAGUUUUUAGUACUUACAAUCCUGAGCUUCUUGGAGGUGACAGGAUUAGAGAUCUGCCUGUUGAAUUUGGUGGAGCAAUGCCAUUUUCAAAAGCUGAGCACUACUCCUCAGGAUGAAAUGUGAACAAGGAUCUUGUAUUUGAUACCUUGCAUGCUCAGCAGAAACUGU